GCCGCACUGAGAAGCUACGGAAAUGAAAGCUAACACGUGGAAAUAGUACUUUAUCGUGUUUUGCUUUCUCUUCAGGUCAUUGUAGUGCUCUCUUGAACCGUGCCUUGUCAACGGAGACCCUGUAUUAUUAGCUGAAGGCGACGUUUACCCCGCAGCUUACUAGUGAGCUGGUUUACCUGUCUUAGCAUGGCGGACAACGUAGACGAUGAUUCUCAGUACAGAAUUAAAGAGGGUGACUACGUUGUGUUGAAACGAGGAGAUAUCUUCAAAGCUAUGCAAAUUCAGCCGAGGAAGAAGGUGAUUUUUGAGAAACAGUGGUUCCACUUGGAUAAUGCAGUGGGUCAUCUGUACAGCACCACAUUUGAGAUUGUGUCCGGAGGGACCCUGCAGCCACAGACGCUCAAGGACCCAGAGAGCUCCAAUGAUGCAAAGGAGGCAGGCACAGACAACAGAAACAUAGUAGAUGAUGGAAAAUCACAGAAACUGACCAGGGAUGACAUUGAGACACUGAAAGAGAAAGGUCUGAAGGAUCAGGAAAUCAUUCAGCAGCUUAUAGAGAACAGCUCCACAUUCAGAGAUAAGACUAAAUAUGCCCAGGAUAAGUACAUCAAGAAGAAAAAGAAGAAGUAUGGAAAUACUGUGACGAUUCUGAAGCCGUCUUGUCGCAUCCUGGCGAUGAUGUACCACGGCCGGGAACCGGGGAAGAUCUGCCACCUGCGGUAUGACACGCUUGCCCAGAUGUUGACUCUGGCAAACAUCCACGCUGGUAGCAAAGUUUUGGUGUUUGAGACCUGCGCUGGCCUCGUGCUGGGAGCCGUCAUGGAAAGAAUGGGGGGAUACGGCUCAGUGAUCCAAAUGUACCCAGGAGGUGGGCCUGUUCGAGCGGGUGUGGAGAGCUUUGGCUUCGCUGCACAUUUUCACGAUAUGCUGCAUGAGUUUCCCAUCUGCCAUGUCAACGCUCUGCUGGCAGGCACUCUGGACACCACUGCCAAAGACCCAAGUGCUGAUGAAAAGCAGUCAAACAUGACUGCAGAGGAGGAGCAAAACCAGCCUGAGGCUGAACAGCAGGGCAGUCCAGAGGAGCAGAGCAUGGAGACCAACACUGGCAAUGACACUGACCAGGACCAGGAGAAAAAAGAGAAAGAAAAACGCAAAGAAGCCAAAGCUCAGGAAAAAAAAGUGAAGCUGGAGGAGAAACGAAAGAAACUGGCAGCUGCUGCCUCCCUGCUGGAAGGCAGAAAUGCCGACGGGUUGGUUAUAGCCAGUCGGUUUCACCCGUGUCCUGUCCUAAUGGGCCUGCUCAAAUUCCUCUCCCCCUCCAGGCCUUUUGUAGUCUAUUCCCAAUACAAAGAGCCUCUUAUCGAGUGCUACACAAAGCUCAAGGAACAUGGCGGUACAGUCAACCUCAGGCUCACAGACACCUGGCUCAGGCAUUAUCAGGUGUUGCCUAACAGGACUCAUCCUCUGCUACUGAUGAGUGGGGGCGGAGGCUACCUCCUCUCAGGGACAACUGUUGCCACGGAGCGCUCCAAACCUGCGGGCUCCCAGCGAGCUGAGGAACCAGCACCAAAGAGACUGAAGCUGACAGACACCGAGGGAUAAACAGAGACAGAGGCAUCAGAUCUUUUAAGGGCACAUUUCUAAAGUCCUAUAGGGAUUUUCCUCCAGCACUGACUUCCCUUUCUGCUGAACUGAUUUGACACAUCUGGAAUAAAGGAGGCAGAGUGUCUGGUUUACAUUCAUCAGACCACUUUCCUCCCAUGUUGUGUAUUCAAAUCAGUGCAGAUGAAGGCGUAAUGCUGAGGAGUGAACUGUACGCCAGUUCAGGCUCUCUGAGAUCAGUGUAUGUGUUAUGUAAGGAACUGCUGAAAUAAUCUUUUGUGUGUGGAGAGUAAAGUGACAAGUGUGCGUUUCAUGCCUCAAGACCAGGUGUAAAAACACUUUUUUCCAGUUAAUGCUCUCCAGCUUCUAGGCUAUAACUGUGUUUUUGUUUUUUAAAAAAAUUUGUUAUCCCUGCAGAAAGUGCCAUUUGUUAUAUGAUCCAGUUGCUUAUGAAGCUACACUGUGGGCUACAUCUGUAUCUUCACAGAAUUAAAAAAAAGCAGUACUAAACAGCCUGAUGUGUGAAU